AUGGCCAUGGUGUGCCUGACAGACUUUGAAGAGUAUGCCAAGGAGCAUUUGUCGAAGGCCACGUGGGAUUAUUACGCCGCCGGAGCAGACGAAUGUUGCACCAGAGAUGACAACCUGCUGGCUUACAAGCGAAUCCGCCUGAGACCUCGAAUCCUGCGUGAUGUAUCAGUGAGUGACACCCGGACCACUGUGCAAGGCACGGAGCUCAGCUUCCCGGUGGGAAUUGCACCCACCGCCUUCCACUGUCUUGCCUGGCAUGAAGGCGAGAUGGCCACAGCAAGAGCAACAGAGGCACUAAACACAUGCUACAUCACCAGCACAUACUCCACCUGCUCAGUGGAGGAGAUUGUAGCAGCGGCGCCCAACGGUUACCGCUGGUUCCAGCUCUACGUAUACCGUGACCGAAAACUGUCGGAGCAGAUCGUGCACCGCGUGGAGGCACUGGGAUUCAAGGCCCUUGUGCUCACCGUGGAUGUGCCAUACACAGGAAAGCGGCGCAACGAUAUCCGGAACCAGUUCAAGCUGCCUCCGCAUCUCAAGGAGGCAGCGGGACCGGAGGAGUACGGGAUCCCAGCCAACACUUUGGACCCGUCUAUUAGCUGGAAGGACGUGUACUGGCUGCAGUCCAUCACACGGCUGCCGAUCAUUAUCAAGGGAAUUUUAACUAAGGAGGACGCCGAGCUGGCGGUGGAGCACGGAGUCCAAGGCAUCAUCGUGUCCAACCACGGAGGCAGGCAGCUGGACGGCGGACCGGCUUCUAUCGACGCUUUGUCCGAGAUCGUGGACACAGUGCAAGGCCGCAUCGAGGUCUACCUGGACGGGGGUAUCCGGACAGGCAGCGACGUGCUCAAAGCAUUGGCCUUGGGGGCAAAGUGCGUUUUCAUUGGACGCCCGGCCGUGUGGGGCCUUGCUUACAAGGGUGAAGAGGGCGUGAGGGAAGUGCUGCAAAUUCUAAAUGAUGAAUUCCGCCUGUCAAUGGCUUUAUCGGGUUGCCGGAAUGUGGCGGAAAUCAACAGGAACCUCAUACAGUUCUCCAAACUGUGA